AUGAACUUCUCCGGCAAGUACCAACUACAGAGCCAGGAAAACUUUGAGGCCUUCAUGAAGGCAGUCGGUCUGCCUGACGAACUCAUCCAGAAGGGGAAGGACAUCAAGGGGGUGUCGGAGAUCGUGCAGAACGGGAAGCACUUCAAGCUCACCGUCACCACGGGGUCCAAAGUGAUCCAAAAUGAGUUCACUUUGGGGGAGGAGUGUGAGCUGGAGACCAUGACUGGGGAGAAGGUCAAGGCAGUGGUUCAGAUGGAAGGUGACAAUAAGCUGGUGACAACUUUCAAAGGCAUCAAGUCUGUGACCGAACUCAAUGGCGACAUAAUCACCAACACCAUGACACUGAAUAACAUUGUCUUCAAGAGAAUCAGCAAGCGAAUUUAG